AUGGAGGACGAGCGCGUGUCGAUAGUGGUUGAGUCAAGAAACGGCGCUGCGAGCCAAGCAGCUGCUUACGGCGCCGAACCAAUGCGCGACGUCGCUGGAGACGUCGCAGGCGAGUCGCACGCCGAAGAUGACGACUUAACCACGUCGCCGUUCGACGAAACGACAGGCGGAAGCGGAGCCGCCGUCGACGGCGUCUCGGGUGAUCUCUCGAUUAGCCGUCGACGGCGGCGGGGUCUUUGGCGGGCGUUAAUCAGCAAUCCGACAGAUGCCACGGAAGCGGACGAUCAACUGGAACGGAAGGGACUGUGGCACGGAGCUCGAAGCGCGCACAUUUCGUGCAUACCUUGCGGCUCGUACAGCAAAGCCACUGACGCCGGGGCCGCGGGUCACGACGACGCCGAAAACGGCGGAGGUCGAAGCGCCUCGUGGUCUAAGUUUCCGAAAUCGGUUUCGAGAAGUACUAGUGGUAGUCGGAGCAGUCGAAGAGACGGCGAGGACGGCAAGGACAUCGAAGCGGCGAUCCCCGUGCGCACCGCGGACUUCGACACGAAGAUCGAGAACCACUACGUGAUCGUGAUCCACGGGACGUUCGACGCGCCGCCGGCGGACGGCGCGCCGACGUGGUAUCAACCGCCGGCGCCCGGCGAGCAGAACUUUUGCCGGAAGCUGAGCCGGCUGCUCGCGCUGGGACCCAUCGGCGAGGACGCCAUCUGGCGCGAUCUGCCGUGCUCCGCGCUCCCGGGAAUCCCGUACCCGUUCCACUGGGACGGCACCAACAUGCACGCCGACCGCGUAACGGCCGCAAUGAAGUACAUGGCGAAGUUGGGGCGGCGGUCGAAGAACGAGUGGCACCCGGCGGUGGCAAGGCAGUUUUGGGCGGCACACAGGCGGAGCUACGAGCUGAUCAAGAAGUGGCGGCGCAUCGACAUGCGCGGAUCGUGGUGGCGCUUCUUCCCCUUCCUCGUCGUCUUCCGAGGUUUCAACGGGCAGAGGGCGAGCGGUGUAAAGGAGAGCUACCCGUGGGCGUACCAGCAGUGGCUGGACUCGCUGCUGCGCCUGCCAGCAGUGCGACAGAGCCGCUUCCUGGCGUUCCGCCAUGCCACCUCGCCCAUCACCAACGCCCUCGGCGCCCUCGUCUUCCUCGGCACGCCCUUCUACAUAAAAAAGUGGCAGAGCAACGGCUUUCUCUGGCUGCUCGUGUCAACGGUGUUUUCGGUGGUGCUGCUGUAUGUCUUCAUUCUCGUCUACACGUCCAUCUGGCAAAUCAUUGUGCUACUGAUCGCCGGCCGGCCGGAAGACUUCUAUGGCCAGAGUGCCCCUCCUUUCGUUAUUGCCACUGGAAUCAUGCUUCUCAUCAAUGUGAAGCAAGUCAUGGAUGUUCUGCGCACCACAGUGUUCUACAGUGGCAAUCUCUACCACAAGCCAACCUUUGACUGGUCACCGGCCAUGUCUGCUCUCGUCAUUCAUGCCGGCAAGCUCGAUGAGGCCAGUCUAGCGUUAUCCAUGGAGCCAAUCACACGAGCUUAUGUCUUCCCCCACCUGACAAAACUCCUGAAGCAGACCCCCUGGGCGCCCUUCCCCAAGCCCCCCACGCGCUACGCGCACCAGGUGGACUGGUGGGCCUAUUUUUUCCACUGCGCCAUCAUCUUCGUGUGGGACACACUCUUCUUCCUCCCUGCGGCCAUCAUGUCUGUGUGUUCACACAUCAUCGCGCCGAUCGUUACUGGCACGCUCCAGAAGAUGAUUGUCACAGUCAGCUUCGGGCUGUCGCCGGGGGAUUUGAACUACGCGUAUAUUUAUGUGGAUGAGCAUCUGGAUCUGGAUUUGGCUACUCAGCAAGUCGACCACUGGAACGUUCAGUUUUCAGCAGUCUCUGCUGUCUCCCCUCGUUUCCAUACUUACUUUUGUCUCAAACCGUGCAACCUCCCUCCUCCAUAUCAGAAACUGCUGGCAGAGGCAAAGACCAAGUCACUCAAGGGAGAGUUGAUGCCCGGCUAUGAGGAUGACACUGUGGAGCAACCCGAGUGGCUGGAGCCUGUAUUGCAGUCGCCCCGCCCGCCCUCACACCUGCACUCCCCACAUGCAGCAACACCAACAGGAGCAGCAGCAUCAGCAGCUGCUGCUUCUGCUGGCUCUCCCGUUGAUCCAUCAGCCUCUCCCCUCGGCACGCAGCAGGCUCAGGGCGCGUUCGGGAGACCAAGGAGCAGGAAGGGGGUCAGGGGCGGGCGGCUGACAACGCUGGCUGCAGUGGCGGAAGCAGCAGUAGAAGCAAAUGAAAGGGGGGUGAGUUUUGGUUCACCUGAGAGGGAACCACAGGCAGAAGCAGCUGUAGGGGUGCAUGAGAGGGAGGGGGUAGGAACAGCAGCAGGGGGCUAUCAGAGGGAACAGGGAGGGGAGACUGCAGCAGGAUGGUCUCAGCAAGCUCGGGCAGGGGUAGGCGCAGGGAGGGGAGGAGGAGAGGGGAGAGAGGUGGAGGGGGUUGUGGGGAUGGGAGGGGUUGCAGAACGGGUGAAGCAGAGGGAGGGGAGUGUGGGAGAGGAAGAGUGGUUUGAUGCGCCUGAGGGAGAGUGGGAGGGAAGCGGGGAAAAAAGCCCGCAGAAGCAGCAGAAGCAGCGAAAGCAGCAGAAGCUGGUGAGGAAUGUGAGCUUGGACAGGCCAGAGGAGGAGGAGCAGAGCAUGGAAGGAAUGGCUGAUUUUCUGGCUGGUUUGCGUUCCCCUGCAGCCAUUGAUAGCCCUGCUGCUGGUAGCGGUGGCGGUGCUGCUGCUGGGGGUGGUGGUGGUGGUGGUGCAGCAGGAGCACAUCGGGAGCAGCUGGUGGGUGUUGUGAAACCGCUUCCACCCCGGCUGCUGCCGCACACACCUCCAGCCUUCUCGCCCCACGCAGCAGGGCUCCCCACAUUGUCCGUUCCCGGAGGCUUUUCAGCUGCUCAUGCAGGUGACCCGGCCCGCUCGAUGGCGGACGAAGCUUCUGGGAAGGUGCAUGACGAUGCUUCAGCAGCAGCAGCAGCAGCGGCAGCAGCUUCAGCUGCAUCGUCUGCAGCAGCUACUGCUAGAGCAGAAGCACCAGAGGACAGUGGCAGAGAGAAGCUUGUGUACGAGUUUCUGUGGGACGAUCAGGAGCUGGCAGUGAUGGCGGAGCAGUCGCAGACCUUCCAGCGGCUCAAGUCCCAAAUGAACAAAAUCGGGCGCAACCCGCGGCUGAGCGAGCGCGAGUUUGAGCGGCAGUUGCAGCAGCUGUGCGUGAUGAUUGAGGAGCGAAUGGGAGAGCUCACCGGGCGGUUUGACCUCAACCAUGGAGCGUACUUCCGUGACCCGCGCAUCCUCCGUGUGAUUGCUCACUUCAUUGAGAAGCGAGAGCUUCCGGAGUGGUCGAAAGGGAUUGACGGGGAUAUCUGGCGGUGGAAUGAGAACUUAGCUAAGAUUCAGACCAGGCAGCUGCAGCAGAUGGCUAUGGGAGGUGGCGUGGGCGGAGCGGGAGGCUCGGGAGGAGCGGGAGGUUCGGGAGGAACGGGAGGAACAAGAGGAUCAGGAGGGAAGGUAGGAGAGAGCUCGUCAAGAGAGAAGGAGUCUUCUGGUGGCGCCAGUAAUGCUUCGAAGCUGAAGCUGCUGCUGCUUAAGAGUAUGCGAGGAGGGAGCGGGAGGGAAGGUGGGUGGAAAGAUGGGAGUGGAGCUAGGGGAUCGAAUCCCAGCUUUGAGAACAUUGACUUGAAUGUUGCUGAUGGCUCUGGCUCUUUAGGCUCGGAAGGAGGCCCGGAUGGAGGCUCGGUAAGAGGCGUGCCAAGUGAAUUGGCAGCAGUGGUGGCAGAAGUGGGAGACGAAGUGAGGGUGGUGGUGGUGUUUGUGUAA